AUGUUCACCAAAUUUUCAUCAUUGGUCCGUUUAACAAGACUGGUAGGCUGGAUAUUGCGGUUCCAAAACAAUUGCCGCAAAGACGCAAGCGAGAAGCGUUCUGGAGGGCUCAGUGCUUUGGAAAUAAAGAGCGCGGAAAUAGCUAUAAUCAGCUCGGUACAAAGACAAAGCUUCGCGGACGAAUAUUGUGCACUGAUUGCAGAGAAACAGGUGGAACGCAGCAGCCCCUUGAGGACCCUAACACCGAUGUUGGAUGAAGAGGGAGUGAUACGAGUAGGUGGGCGAAUAGAUGCAGCAGUAGCCAUUCCACCGCAUUCACGUAGACCAAUAAUCUUGCCUAAACGUCACCAUGUUACUGCGCUUGUAGUGGAUUAUUACCACAAAAUCUGGAAGCAUCAAAACGAAAGUACAAUAGUUGCAGAGAUACGACGGCGAUACUGGAUCCCGCAGAUCAGAACAGAGGUGCGACGCGCAAUGAAAAAAUGUCCAGUUUGUAUAAAAGAAAAGGCUAAACCAAACCCUCCGCAAAUGGGUCAACUUCCACCGGAUAGACUUACACCUUUCGUAAGACCAUUCACUUACGUAGGUCUUGACUACAUGGGUCCGUUUACAGUCGCGAUUGGCAGAAGAAGUGAGAAGCGUUGGAUUGCGCUAUUUACAUGCCUUACUGUGCGGGCGGUACAUCUGGAGCUCGCAAGGGACUUGACAACGGACACUUGUCUUAUGUGUAUACGAAAUUUUAUGAACCGCAGAGGAACGCCGGUGCGCAUCAGAUCGGACAACGGCACGAACUUCAUUGGAGCUGAUAAAGAGUUGAGGCGACAGAGAAUCGACUUCGAUAACGGCGUUAUAUCUAAUGCGCUGGCAAACAAGAACAUCGAGUGGGUUUUCAAUUGCCCGUUGAAUCCCCAUGCUGGCGGCUGUUGGGAAAGACUCGUCCGUAGUGUGAAACGCGCCAUGGGGCACGCUCUCAACAACGAAAACAUCCAGGAGCACUGCCUUUAUAGCCUAAUGUGCGAAGCGGAGAAUAUUGUCAACGCAAGACCAUUGACGCACAUACCGUUGGACGAACACACUGACGAACCGCUAACCCCUAAUCAUUUUCUCCUAGGUACUCCCAAUUCCGAGCAAACGCCACAUCCGCAAGAGGAAAAGAUGAUACCAACCCGAAAAAUGUGGUACAAGGUCCAACAAAUGCAGCACAGGUUUUGGCGGAAGUGGAUAGAUGAGUAUUUGCCAGACCUAACGAGGCGAACAAAAUGGUACGGAGUGCAGAAUCCUCUAGCCGUAGGUGAUGUCGUCCUCCUAUGCGACACCAACGUACAUCGCUCCAAGUGGCAGAUGGGGCGAAUCACACAAGUAUUUCCAAGCAAAGACGGGCAAGUAAGAGCCGCGCUAGUGCAAACGAAGGACGGCGUUUACAAACGAGCAGCCUGUAUACUGGCCAGGUUAGAUUUGGUGAAUCUGGGCAGAUCCACGGAGGCGGGGAUGUUGGCGCGGCCUAGCAGCAAAUGA